GCGGCACCAUGGGCCGGGCCCGGCGCUUCCAGUGGCCGCUGCUGCUGCUGUGGGCGGCCGCGGCGGGGCCAGGGACAGGACAGGAAGUACAGACUGAGAAUGUGACAGUGGCUGAAGGCGGGGUGGCUGAGAUCACCUGCCGUCUGCACCAGUAUGAUGGGUCCAUAGUUGUCAUUCAGAACCCAGCCCGGCAGACCCUCUUCUUCAAUGGCACCCGGGCCCUGAAGGAUGAGCGUUUCCAGCUUGAGGAGUUCUCCCCACGCAGGGUGCGGAUCCGACUCUCCGAUGCCCGCCUGGAGGACGAGGGGGGCUACUUCUGCCAGCUCUACACGGAGGAUACCCACCACCAGAUCGCCACGCUCACCGUACUGGUGGCCCCCGAGAAUCCCGUGGUGGAGGUCCGGGAGCAGGCAGUGGAGGGCGGCGAGGUGGAGGUCAGUUGCCUCGUUCCACGGUCCCGCCCGGCUGCCAUCCUGCGCUGGUACCGUGACCGCAAGGAGUUGAAAGGAGUGAGCAGCCAACAGGAAAAUGGCAAGGUCUGGAGAGUGAUAAGCACAGUGCGGUUUCGGGUGGACCGCAAGGACGACGGCGGUAUUAUCACCUGUGAGGCACAGAACCAGGCGCUGCCCGCUGGACACAGCAAGCAGACACAGUAUGAGCUGGAUGUACAGUACUCCCCUACUGCCCGGAUCCAUGCCUCCCAGGCUGUGGUGAGGGAGGGAGACACACUGGUGCUGACCUGUGCUGUAACAGGGAACCCCAGGCCAAACCAGAUCCGCUGGAACCGCGGAAAUGAGUCUCUGCCAGAGCGGGCCGAGGCUCUGGGGGAAACGCUCACGCUUCCAGGGCUAGUGUCAGCGGAUAACGGCACCUACACUUGCGAGGCAUCGAACAAGCAUGGCCACGCGAGGGCGCUCUAUGUGCUUGUAGUCUACGACCCCGGUGCUGUGGUAGAGGCUCAGACAUCGGUGCCCUACGCCAUUGUGGGCGGCAUCCUGGCGCUACUGGUCUUUCUCAUCAUUUGUGUACUGGUGGGCAUGGUCUGGUGCUCGGUACGACAGAAGGGCUCCUAUCUGACCCACGAAGCCAGUGGCUUGGAUGAACAGGGAGAAGCAAGAGAAGCCUUCCUCAAUGGCAGCGAUGGACACAAGCGGAAAGAAGAAUUCUUCAUCUGACCCCACCUCCACCCCAGGCCUGGGCCUGGGCUCGGUCGCCCGCACUGCCAGUUGCAAGGAACCAGCAAAGACAUUUGCCAGAGUCUGGGAUGGUGGGCUUCUCCCCCCACCACUAACACCUCAGACGCUUGGGCAGGGAUGGGGCUGUCGGAUGACUGGGUCUCUGCCAGGGCCAGCCAGAACUGAGGUCCCAGAGAUCUGGGUCCCCUGGGGGCAGGGGCCAAAGGUCCAAACCCCCCAAGUGCAGGGAGGGCAGUAGGAAUUGGGUUGGGGGAAGAUAACUAGGGGAAGGCCAGGGCCCCUAGGCUGCAGAACCAGGUCUUGUGGGGAGGGGAACAGAUUCUGGGAAGGGGGGGUGGGCAGGGAAGGGGAACACAGAUUUCUUUGGGGGUCUCAGACCCCAUGCCAGCCAUUGUAAGAGUUCCACAGAGCUCUGGGCACCUCUUUGCAAAGCCAUGUUUGCACGGUGGGGGGAG